AUGCCACACUACUCGGCAGGGCGGGCGUUUCUUUGGGCUCUAUUCACCUCGUCUACAUUGUUUAGCACGGUCGUAGCGUGGCCAAAUUAUAAUUUGCACAACUCUAGACAUGCGAAACGUCAAUCCUCUGGGGAGACCCCUCCAUCCGGCGGCGCCGAGGACGACCCAUCGUUCAAUGAAGAGUACGACUUCAUCAUUGCGGGAGGGGGAACGGCGGGUCUUGUACUUGCGAAUCGAUUGACGGAAUCAGGGAGGUUCUCAGUGCUUGUACUAGAAGCUGGCCCAGCCCCGGAGCAAGUACGCGCAUAUGAGACACCGGGCGGCAAUCAGUUCAUCAAGGGUAGCGUGAUUGACUGGGGCAUCGAUACCCAACCGCAAAGGCAUCUAAACAACCGCACACUGCAGUACCUUCGAGGACGGACUCUAGGCGGAUCUAGCACCACUAACGGAUUGUACUAUGCUCGUGGAUCUUCGGUCGUGUACGAUCAGUGGGCCGAGCUCGGCAAUCCAGGCUGGAGCUGGAACGACACAUACGACUUGUUCCGCAAGAGCACAAAGAUGAACCCGCCAAACUCGACCAAUGACCUUGCUGCCUUCAGCCAGGAGUUCAAGACAUUCGAUGCUAGCGCUUAUGGAGGCGGUCCACUCGAACUUGGCUUCCAGGGCUACGUGCCUCCCUCUACGGAUGGGUUUAUUAUUGCUUGCUCCGAAGCAUUGGAUAUUCCCAUUGUUCAAGACCUCAACACUGGUAAUGCUGUUGGCAUUAAGCAUGGAACAGCCACUGUGAACAAUAGGCUACGAAGGAGCAGUAGCUACGACAGCUUCUACCAGCAAGCUCGAAAUCGCACGAACCUGAGAGUCCUCCACGAUGCUCCUGUCACAGGCAUUGUGAUAAGCACGCCUCCCGCCAGCAACAGCACUUCGAAUAUGACAGCCAACCCGCGUGCUCUCGGUGUCAGCUACAUCGAUCAGCGCACUGGCUUCGUCAGUCAGGCCAGGGCAAGGAAUGAAGUCAUUGUCAGCAUGGGUGCCUUCCACUCACCUCAGCUGCUGAUGGUCUCUGGCAUCGGACCUGCUGCAGAGCUUGAGAAAGUCGGCAUCGAGCCCGUCAUGAUCAAUGAGAAUGUGGGUCAAAAUCUCAACGAUCAUUCGGUUUUCAGCAUCAUGGCACGUGCCGAGCCCAGUGCUUCCACAACUGAGAUGUCGAGCUCGCCAGAGAAUCUGCGUGAAGCACAGACUCUGUUCUACACGAAUUUGACGGGCCCGUACACUGCACCUUCUGGCAUCACGAAUGGUUUCCAAAGACUCACGGAGCAACAGCUCCGCGACAUCAACGCCUCAGCCGUCAUCGAUGCCGGUCUUGCCAACCAGGCGCACAUCGAGUAUUUGUUUGAGUCGGUCUGGUACCCAUGGAUUCCAACACCAUUCUGGGCUCCUCUUCCGAACGAGUCAUACAUCUCAGUAACGGCUUCCAGCAUGGUCCAAUUAUCCCGUGGCACCGUAACGCUGCGUACAGCAAGCAUGUCAGACAAGCCGCUUGUGGACUCCAACUACUACGCUCAUCCGACAGACGGUGCGAUCGGUAUCGCCUCCUUCAAGUUCCUCCGCGGAAUUCUUCGCCACCCCGCGCUCCAACAGUUCACCAUUGGUGACUUCAAUGGCGAAGUAAGCCCUGGCCCAGCUGUCGCGGACGAUGACGAUGAAGCGAUCUUGAAGUAUAUUAAAGCGAACACCAUUCCCAACUGGCAUGCCACUGGCACCAAUCAGAUGCUGCCACUUGAAGACGGAGGAGUAGUAAGCCCGAGGCUACAGGUCUAUGGUGUGGAUGCACUGAGGGUCAUUGAUUGCAGUAUUGUGCCUGUGUUGCCAGAUGUCAACAUCUUGGCAGCAAUUUACAUGAUCGCUGAGAAGGGUGCGGAGAUGAUCAAAGAGGAUUGGGAAGAUAUCGGGUUUGAAAAGAGGCAUGAGUAA